CCUCUGCUCCGCCCCGCGCAAGAUGGCGCUGCUGGGGGCUCCGCGCAGCCUGGCGGCAGCCGGGUCCCUCAAGCGGCGGCUGCUGGCCUUCGCCCUGCUGCGGCCUCCGGCGGCCGCCGCCGCCUGCGCGCACGGCUGGCUGGCGGGGAGCGGGCGGCAGCGGGCCCCGGGAAGCGGCCAGAUUCCGCCAGUCUGCAAGCAAAGAUCAUGGCACAGUCUGCGAGGGGAUUAUUCAAGGCCGUUUUUAGAGGCUUCAGAGAUCCUCCCGAGGUGGCGACUGAUAGAAAAGAGAAUGUGUUGGCAUGGUCAUGCAGGUGGAGGGCUUCACACAGAUCCAAAGGAAGGGCUGAAAGAGAUAGAUGCCAAAAAGAUUAUCAGAGCAAUGUUGUCUUAUGUGUGGCCCAAAGACAGACCAGACCUGCGAGCCAGAGUAGCCAUAUCCCUGGGGUUUUUAGCGAGUGCAAAGGCCAUGAAUAUAUUGGUUCCUUUCAUGUUUAAAUAUGCAGUAGACAGCCUCAACCAGGUAUCUGGAAACAUACUCAGCCUCAGUGAUGCACCAAAUACAGUGGCAACUCUGGCAACUGCUGUUCUCAUUGGCUAUGGUAUCUCAAGAGCUGGGGCAGCGUUAUUUAAUGAAGCUAGAAAUGCAGUAUUUGGGAAAGUAGCUCAAAAUUCAAUCCGAAGGAUAGCAAAGAAUGUUUUUCUGCACCUUCAUAACCUGGAUUUGGCCUUCCAUCUAAGCAGGCAAACAGGAGCUCUGUCAAAAACCAUCGAUAGAGGAACAAGAGGCAUCAGUUUUGUUCUUAGUGCUUUAGUAUUUAACCUGGGACCUACAAUGUUUGAAGUGGCCCUAGUCAGUGGAAUUCUGUAUUACAAAUGUGGUGCAGAGUUUGCUUUAGUAACUCUGGGGACACUAGGAGCCUAUGCAGCAUUCACAAUAGGAGUUACACAGUGGAGGACUAAGUUUCGAAUAGAAAUGAACAAAGCAGAUAAUGAUGCGGGUAAUGCUGCAAUUGACUCGCUACUAAAUUAUGAGACCGUGAAGUAUUUCAAUAAUGAAAAAUAUGAAGCCCAGCGGUAUGACGAAUUCUUGAAGAUAUAUGAAAAUGCCUCCCUGAAGACUACCUCUACUUUAGCUCUCCUGAAUUUUGGACAGAGUGCUAUAUUUAGCAUUGGAUUAACGGCCAUUAUGGUGCUUGCCAGCCAGGGCAUUGUUGCAGGCAGCCUUUCUGUUGGAGAUCUAGUAAUGGUGAAUGGAUUGCUGUUCCAGCUUUCUCUUCCCCUAAACUUCCUGGGAACAGUAUACAGAGAGACAAGACAAGCACUAAUAGAUAUGAAUACCUUGUUUACACUUCUCAGUGUAGAUACCAAAAUUAAAGACAAAGAGCUGGCACCACCCCUGCAGAUCACACCACAGACUGCUGCCAUCACCUUUGAUAAUGUGCAUUUUGAAUACCUUGAGGGGCAGAAAGUCCUUGCUGGAGUGUCUUUUGAAGUCCCUGCAGGAAAGAAAGUGGCCAUUGUAGGAGGUAGUGGGUCAGGGAAAAGCACAAUUGUGAGAUUAUUAUUUCGUUUCUAUGAACCUCAGAAAGGAAACAUUUAUGUUGCUGGACAGAACAUACAAGACGUCAGUUUGGAAAGUCUGAGAAAGGCAAUAGGAGUUGUACCUCAGGAUGCUGUUCUAUUCCAUAAUACCAUCUAUUACAAUCUGCUCUAUGGCAAUACCGGUGCAACGCCAGAAGAGGUGUAUGCAGUAGCAAAGUUGGCAGGAAUCCACGAUGCUAUUCUUCGAAUGCCAAAUGGUUACAACACUCAGGUUGGUGAACGAGGACUCAAGCUCUCAGGAGGAGAAAAGCAAAGAGUCGCAAUUGCUAGAGCAAUGUUAAAGGAGCCACUUAUUUUUCUUUAUGAUGAAGCCACGUCAUCUUUAGAUUCAAUUACAGAAGAGAAUAUUCUCAGUGCCAUGAAGGACAUGGUGAAACACCGAACAUCAGUUUUCAUUGCUCACAGGUUGUCAACAGUAGUUGAUGCGGAUGAAAUUAUUGUGCUGGAUCAGGGCAAAGUUGUGGAGCGCGGUAGACACGCAGACCUCCUGGCAAGUCCUAACAAUCUCUAUUAUGAAAUGUGGCAUACACAGAGCAGCAAAGUGCUAAAUAGUCAUAACGAUCCACACUGGGAAGAGAAAAAUAAUCGGAUGUCCAAAGAGGAGGAAAGAAAGAAACUAGAAGAAGAAAUUAUCAAUAGUGUGAAAGGCUGUGGAAACUGUUCAUGCUAAGUAUGAGCCUGGAUUCAUCUUGUAUAAUAGGGUAAAAAUGCACAAGAUUACAAUGAGGUGCAGCUCUUGUUUUUAAGUCAACGUUCAAAAACUUUCCUGGGUUUUUCAGUUUUAGGGUUUUACAGUUUCUCAGAGGGACAUAAUUUCAACCAAAGGAGUUCUAUUUUUACAUCUUUAGAUAUCUCUGAUAUUCAAUGGUACCUGCAAGAGCUGAGCUUUUUCAGAAACUUUAAGAGUGUAACUUACGGCACUUUUUAGGCAUUGGUAAAUUCUUUGGGUAGUUGCUUGAGGUGGAUUAUUGAAUUGUAAACAGAUUUGUCCUGGAUUUACAAUAUGUCUCAUAAUGGUUGAUAAAUAUGUCAUGUUUUAAUUGUAAUUGGGCUAAUUUAAACUCAUUUGCUAGUGAGGAAGAUGCAAUUUAAUUUCUUCAGUGGUGUUCUGAUUUAAAGUGUUCUUCCUUGCAAAGAAUAAGAAAAGCCUCUGCAAAAUAUUAGAGGCUUGGAGUAGCAAACUAAAUAUUGGGAUUAUCCAUCUCACCCUUCACAAACACCUUUCACACUGGACUAUCAGGAAGUGUAUUGGUAUUAUUCUAAAAGAAAACUAACAGCAUUUUUAAGAGCUGGCAAAAAUCUGGAAUUGGCAAAAUAGUGUGACUUCACAGAAGACAUACGAAAUGUUGUAUGUAAAUACGAAGAAUUGGAAGUUUCCCUUAAAUGAAAAACUCUAUAGAGUUCAGGAUUCUGUGUCCCCAACAUCUGCUGCAGUAGUCAAAGCAGAAUGCAGUCAUUUUUUCUGUUUCAGUCAUGGUCUUAGGGAGCAAUUAAGAUUCAAUAAAGACUUCCAUAAAUUUC